GAAAAUUGUCAAUUUGAGUUUAGUUCCGUUCGGAUGAGCAUCUGAAAAAAAGGUUAAAACAAAAAUAUUAAAUCCGUGAGUGGUGCGCAGAAGGAAGUGUGUCCUGGUUGAUUUGAUUCGAUUGUUUGGAUUAGCGAUUAAUUAUUAAUCGCAGUGAACGAGCAGUAGCAACAGUAAAGUCAUGAAGUUAUUAGUUUGUGUGUUAAGUUUGUGCGCCCUGGCGGCCGCCCAAGACAGCUUCAAGGAAUGCCUCGACAAGGAUUCGAUAUCCUGUGUGCAAAUAAUGUUUUAUCGUAAAGCGCGAGAUUUCUUCGACCAGCCCCAAAUAAGCCUUGCUGGUGGAUUGUCAUUCGUGAAAGCCGCCGGACGCGACUCGCGCUCCUUUAACGCCGACAGUGCCAUGAUUGAGUCCGCUAACAAUGUGGAGUCCCGCGAAGAAGCCCUGGAAAGCUACGUGCUCGAGCGCACGAAAAACUUCUUCCAGGAACGUUCGUUGAAUCUAGACAUGGCCAAUGCUGCCCGUAGUCUGUCCACUGUGAUCCCCGAGGAUGUGAAAUCGUCCAUGCGAGCAAUGGUUUCCGAAGCUCGCGGAAAGAAGAAGAUCCUCAAGCAGCUGCUGCCAAUUCUCGGACUCGUCAAGCUGAAGAUCGUCGGUCUUGCAAUCUUAGCUCUGUUCGGUAUUGCCCUGAUCGCUAAGAAGGCUUUGAUUGUAUCCGUGAUCGCUUUGAUCCUGUCCAAAUUCCUAUUCCUGAAGAAACUGCUCUCCAAGAAGGACGAUUCCCAUGGCGGCGGCUACCACGGCGGUUCUUCUGGAUGGGCAGAAUCAAGCGGAUAUGGUGAUUAUGGUGCCCACAGCCAGCCUGCUCACUCGAUCGCCUAUGCCGGUCACAAGCCAGUCCGAAAGUAAACAGGCGCCAUAAUUGGAGCAGCGAACGUUCCACUUCCAGAAAUCCCAAACAAAACCCCAACAUCGCGCAUGCGCGCGUGCUCACACGUACCGAAAAAAGCUAUCAGCGCAAGACUAAAAAAGAAAGAGAACGAGACAAACUAAUUUAUUGAAAUUAUUUAUUAUCAUGUUUUUGUUCGAUCAUUAAUUUAUUUUAGCGUUACGAGAAUUCUUCUACCAAUUGUUGAGAUUGUUUUGUUUUUGUGUUUAAGUUCUUCUUCUCUCAACUUUUCAUCAUUUCAUGAGCUGCAUUUGUACUGUAUUCCUCACGAAGGGUUCCUCGUUAUUAGAGGGAUCCUCCAACCUCUGUAAAUCUAUAUCUACAUUUACACAUUCUAGUCUUUAUUUUAUCUACCAAGGCUGAUUAAGGUAAUUUGAUCAGCGUCAAAGAAAGUAAAAAUAGAAAUAAUUCGUGUCUUACAGUGCUCAUCCUUCCACGGUUUUUACGUGCUUUAAACUAUUCUUUUUGCAAGGAUUCUUCCAAACUACUAAUCCAACAAGUUAAGGGAUGUUAACUGUCAACGAUAACAGUAGACGUGAACUUCGUCAAAACCAUUCUUUGUACUGAUUCCAUCGUAAACCUAUUUCACUAAAAAACACAAACACACAUACAAACACACUUACACACAUUUAUUCUUUUCCUCUUCCACACUCUCUCUCUCUAUCUUCAUAUCUAUAUCUGUUAAGGUUCUUUUAAAAUUUACCGCUACUAGCUUGCUAUACUUUUUCCAACAGAUUUCUUUGCUCGAGCUUGGACUUGUUUUUCUUUUUUCGACCGAUUUCGCACUGCCGAAUCAUCAUCGAGUCCAAACGCAAGAAAUAAACUGAUAAUCUCCCCUUUGGAGGUCUCUACACAUACAAAGAGAGAGAGCAUCACACUUCAUGCUGGUACUGUUAUUAACUCCAUUUUUGUACAAGCUAAUGGAAGCAAUCUUUCUUUCUGUGCACCUAGUGCGAUUAUCCUGCAGUCUCUUUCUAUCGUUCCAUGCAAACGUCCAUCCUCCCGCUGCACUCAACCUCCCUAAUAUUGUUCAAUUUUUCACACUUUUUCUGUUCCACUAGAGAAAAAGAAGAGGAGAAUAAAAUAUGUGAAGAAAAAAAUACUUGUGAAAAGCACUUGUAAAUAAAAUAAAAGAAAAAAGAAGCAACGACAAGCAAUUUGCAAAACAAAA